AGGGCAGCAAGAACCAGGCCGUCGUCGCCACGGACGUGGCCGCUGUGGCCGUGACUCUGACCUUGAGGCGCGUUUCCUUGAGGACGUGACAAUCGAAGAUGGUACCGUCGUGUCGGCCGCCCAGCCGUUGCGUAAGAUGUGGAAGCUGGUUAACGACGGCGAGCGAUCCUGGCCGGAUGGCUGCUACAUGAUCACCCAGCCAGGUAACCCCAUGUUCCCGGACGACAGAAAGUCGAGUCGUAUCGAUCUUCCUGCCUUGGCUCCUGGUGAGGAGUUUAUCGCUGGAGUGGACCUGGUUGCCCCCACGGAGCCUGGACGCUACGCGAGUUUUUGGCGUGUGUGUGACCCCGCAGACGUGAGCUUCGGCCACCGUUUCUGGAUUGACAUUGUGGUUGCUGGAGGUGCCACAUCUGAGCCGACUCCCUCCGAUGCUUCGACGGCCGAUAGCGCUGAAGACGAGAUGAAGGACUCAGCUGAGGUUAUCCCGUUGAUUGAUACUUCGUCAGAUGAUGAUGUUGAGAUUAUUGAGGUAACUGAAGCAAAGGACGCUGAAGCAGAUGAUGUGGAGAGCGUUGAGUACAGUGGGGUUGUCGACAAGAACGAUGUUUUCGAGGAGGGGCUGCUGCUGCUGCAAGCGAUGGGUUUCGAGGAUAAGGACAAGAAUCUUCGUGCAUUGGAGCUGUCAGAUGGGAACGUCGGUGGCGCCGUCAACGUACUGCUGUCGGAGUAAGACGGUUGUACGUGGUUUCGAACCGACCCAUGCGUAUUGUGUAUGCAGUGUUGCUAGGAAGCAAUACUAGCCGAUUGAGCAGAUGCUAUUCAUUCGAGAAAAUUUCAACAAACUUCCACGUGUCUAGCUCUUCUGUGGUAACAAGACCUGAGCGAACAUGAAGCGCGCAAUGAGGAGAAACUGAACCAGCGAACUUCUGUGUUCGUGUGCAUGUCAUAGGGACGGGAAAAUAAACAGAAAACACGUUCAUUCCCAGGAAAACUAUAGUUUGCCUUCUUUAUGCCUUCCA